UGGUUUAGGACUCGUGUAUCCAAUACUGAUGUUUAUAAACCUACCGUGAGAAAGAAACGCUACUCUGUGCUCGACUGGUUUUGUCUUUUCCAAGAUGGCGCUGUAAAAGCCGAGGUUUGUUUUCCAUGGGUUCAAAGUAUGUUAAAGUGCAUUAACCGACCGGCCCAGUUCACCAGAUAUCUACAGGCAGCAGGCGGUGGUUUCACUUUCAACCAAAACUUUAGGCUUGUGUCAUCCUUGCCUCUCAGAAUGACCGACCCAGCUGUGCAGAGGGUGGUCAGCGAGAUCAUUCGCUCCCCAGAGGACAAACGGGUUUACAGGGGUCUUGAGUUUACCAAUGGCCUGAGGGCCAUUCUCAUAAGUGACCCCACUACAGACAAAUCCUCCGCUGCUUUGGAUGUCCAAAUAGGUUCAUUAUCAGACCCAGGAAACAUCUCGGGCCUGGCACACUUUUGUGAACACAUGCUCUUCCUGGGAACAAAGAAGUACCCCAAGGAGAACGAGUACAGCCAGUUCCUCAGUGAGCAUGCGGGCAGCUCCAACGCCUUCACCAGUGGAGAGCAUACAAACUAUUACUUCGAUGUUUCCCAUGAGCACUUGGAAGGAGCACUAGAUAGGUUUUCCCAGUUCUUCCUGUGCCCACUGUUCGAUGAGAGCUGCAAGGACCGGGAGGUGAACGCUGUGGACUCUGAACACGAGAAGAACCUGAUGAAUGACGCCUGGAGGCUGUUUCAGUUGGAGAAGGCAACAGGCAAUCCGAACCACCCCUUCAGUAAAUUCGGAACAGGUAACAAACUGACCCUGGAGACCCGACCGUCCAAAGAUGGCAUCGAUAUCCGCCAGGAGCUCCUGAAGUUUCAUUCUACAUUCUACUCAUCCAACCUGAUGGGACUGUGUGUGUUAGGAAGAGAAUCAUUAGACGAGCUGGCCUCCAUGGUGGUGAAGCUUUUUGGAGAAGUAGAGAACAAGAACGUGCCUAUCCCAGAAUUCCCCGAGCACCCCUUCCAGGAGGAACACCUCAGACAAUUCUACAAAGUGGUGCCCAUUAAAGACAUCAGGAACCUGUAUGUGACUUUCCCAAUCCCAGACCUUCAGAAGUACUACAAAUCUAACCCCGGACAUUAUCUAGGGCAUCUGAUCGGUCACGAGGGGCCGGGAAGUUUGUUAUCAGAGCUGAAAUCUAAAGGCUGGGUGAACACUCUUGUUGGAGGGCAGAAAGAAGGAGCCAGAGGAUUCAUGUUCUUUAUCAUAAAUGUGGAUUUGACUGAGGAGGGCCUCUUGCACGUAGAGGACAUCAUCUUCCACAUGUUCCAGUACAUCCAGAAGCUGCGUACUGAGGGACCUCAGGCGUGGGUGUUUGAGGAGUGCAAGGAUUUGAACAAAGUGGCCUUCAGGUUCAAGGACAAGGAGCGACCCCGCGGCUACACCUCCAAAGUGGCCGGUUUGCUACACUACUACCCUCUAGAAGAGAUUUUAGCUGCAGAGUACCUUUUGGAGGACUUCAGGCCAGAUCUGAUUGAGAUGGUUCUGGAUAAACUGAGACCAGAACACGUCAGAGUUGCAGUGGUGUCAAAGUCAUUUGAAGGACAAACAGACAAGACAGAGGAGUGGUACGGCACACAGUACAAACAGGAGUCCAUCUCUGAAGAGACCCUCGAGAAAUGGGCGAGUGCAGACCUCAACGGCAAGUUCAAAUUACCCAUGAAAAACGAGUUCAUCCCCACCAGCUUUGAGAUCUACCCUCUUGAGAAAGACGCUCCAUCAGUCCCCACUUUAAUCAAGGACACUGCUAUGAGCAAGGUGUGGUUCAAACAGGAUGAUAAGUUUUUCCUGCCCAAGGCAUGCCUGAACUUCGAGUUCUUCAGCCCGUUUGCGUAUGUGGACCCAUUGCAUUGUAACAUGGCAUAUUUAUACCUGGAGCUCCUCAAGGACUCCCUCAACGAGUAUGCAUAUGCAGCCGAGCUAGCUGGCUUGAACUAUGACCUCCAAAAUACCGUCUAUGGGAUGUAUCUGUCAGUGAAAGGUUACAAUGACAAACAACACAUCCUGCUGAAGAAGAUCAUCGAGAAGAUGGCCACGUUCGAGAUCGAUGAGAAGCGCUUUGACAUCAUCAAAGAGGCGUACAUGAGGUCUUUGAAUAACUUCAGAGCCGAGCAGCCUCACCAGCACGCCAUGUACUACCUCCGUUUGCUAAUGACCGAGGUUGCUUGGACCAAAGACGAGCUCAGAGAAGCUCUGGAUGAUGUAACUCUCGCACGCCUCAAGGCCUUCAUACCUCAACUCCUGUCACGAUUACAUAUCGAAGCCCUUCUCCACGGCAAUAUCCCCAAGGAGUCGGCUCUUGGCAUGAUGCAAAUGCUGGAGGACACGCUCAUUGAGCACGCUCACACAAAGCCCCUCCUCCCCAGCCAACUCAUUCGCUACAGAGAGGUGCAAGUUCCAGAUGGUGGCUGGUAUGUUUACCAGCAGAGGAACGAGGUGCACAACAACUGUGGCAUUGAGAUCUACUAUCAGACAGACAUGCAGAGCACCAACGACAACAUGCUGCUGGAGCUAUUCUGUCAGAUCAUCUCGGAGCCCUGCUUCAACACACUGAGAACCAAAGAACAACUGGGCUACAUCGUCUUCAGCGGGCCUCGGCGGGCUAACGGCGUGCAGGGCCUGCGCUUCAUCAUCCAGUCGGAGAAGGCGCCGCACUAUUUGGAGAGCCGCGUGGAGGCUUUCCUUUGCACCAUGGAGAAGUCUGUGGAGGAGAUGAGCGACGAAGCCUUCCAGAAACACAUCCAGGCACUGGCCAUCCGCCGCCUGGACAAACCCAAGAAGCUGUCGGCUGAGUGCGCCAAGUACUGGGGAGAGAUCAUCUCUCAGCAGUAUAACUUCGACAGAGAUAACAUUGAAGUUGCCUAUCUGAAGACUCUGACUAAAGAAAACGUCAUGCAGUUCUACCGAGAUCGUCUGACAGUCGAAGCCCCCAGGAGACACAAGGUGUCGGUGCACGUCCUCUCCAGAGAGAUGGACUCCUGUCCCAUCGUGGGAGAGUUCCCCGCCCAGAAUGACGUCAACCUUGCCCCUGCUCCCUCCCUGCCACAGCCCACGCUGGUUCAGGACAUGACCGAGUUCAAGAGGAGCCUGCCUCUCUUCCCGCUGGUCCGGCCUCACAUCAACUUCAUGGCUGCCAAACUGUGAGCGAGGCUGUCGGCUAGACACGCAGCUGACAGGGAGGGGAGGACAACCGCGAGGGACCUGCUGCUCCCUCAACUCCCCCCUCCCCCCUCCCCCCUCCCCCCUUUCCUCUUUCCGUCAGGAAGACUUUCAUCUGACUGAGCCUGCAUGAGCGUGUGUGUGUGUGUGUUUGAGAGAGUGUGUGUACACGUGUAGCAGGCUGCAGCCACUAGAAGAGAAGCUUGGAAACAGUCGUGUGUGUUUGAAUCGCAGAGUUAGCCUCUGGUCGUCUGUGUAUCUGUGAUGACCGAGUCACAGCAGAAUCACCUCAUGUUAAAGGAGACAAACACUCAUCACAGCAGCAGGUAGGGCGGCCGUAGAAACACGUCUUGUUAAAUAUAGUUUUAAUUGACCUUUUUUCAGAGAGUGCUGGUUUAUUGUGACGAGCUGUAGAGGUCACACUCACACACAGACACACACAGACACACACAGACACACACACACACACACACACACACACAGAGUAGCUCCAUGAAGGUCUCUAAUUUGAUGGACUCAAAUGUUUAACUUUAAAUUCUCCUGAAACAUGAAGACACACACUCAACAGAUUAUUUUAUUCAACUUUAUGCAUUUCUGAAGAGUCUCUGCCUUUCUCAUUCUGGUUUUAAUCAUUUUCACAGGUUUUGACAUGUUAGUUUGCUUGUACUGGUAAAAUGUUGGGAGCCUUUGAGGAGCAGUUUGAUCAGAGAAUCACGCCUGUGAGAAUUCGGUUUUAACGUUUUAUUGCAUUUUACAGUAGAAGUGUGUAAGUCAGACAUCUCAGGGGAACUUCCAUGCUGUUUUUUACUUUACAUUUCACUAGUGAUGGAUUAUAAAUAAAAAAACAAAACACUUUGAUCAUCA